AACCACGGGCCUUCUGGCUUCGAGUCCACGCCCCCUCCCCAACGAAAACCCCACCGCGCACGGCCGCCGCUCACCACUUCACUCCCACCCCGCCCACGGCCGCCGCUCACCACGCGCCAUGGCGUUCCCUUCCCCCACCUCCCUCUCCUCCUCCGGCUACCCCGCCCCAAUCCACCUCCGCCUCCAGCCCCUCCCCAGCAUCCCGCCGCUCCUCCCCUUCCGGCGCACCCUGCCGCUCCUCCUCCCCUCGCUCCGCCUCGCCCGGCCCCACCUCCUUCCCCUCCCGGUCGCCUCCUCUGGCAGCGGCAGCAUCGGCGGCGGCGGCGAUGACGAACUACCCUCUGGCGGCGGCGGCGAUGACGAACUACCCUCUGGCGACGGCGGCAGCGGCGAAGGAGGAGACGAGGGCGACGGCGGCAGCGGCGGAGGAGGAGACGAGGGCGACGGCGGCAGCGGCGGCGGAGGAGACGAGGGCGACGGCGGCAGCGCGGACGGGUCCGGGGACGGCGACGACGCCUCUGGCAACAGGAGGGAGGCCCUGUUCGUGCUGGCGCAGCUGGGGCGGAAGCUCGAGAGCCUACCGGCCGACCUCGCCGCCGCCGUGGAGGGCGGCCGCGUGACCGGCGAUAUCGUGCGCCGGUACGUGGACCUCGAGGCGUCGCCCUUAUCCAGGUGGCUGCUGCAGUUCGGCGGCUUCAAGGAGCGCCUACUCGCUGAUGACCUCUUCCUCACCAAGGUCGGCAUAGAGUGCGGCAUCGGCGUCUUCACCAAGAGUGCUGCAGAGUAUGAGAAAAGGAAGGAGAACUUUGUCAAAGAGCUUGACUUUGUGCUUGCAAAUGUGAUCAUGGCAAUAGUUGCAGAUUUCAUGCUUGCAUGGCUUCCUGCUCCAACCGUGUCUUUGCGGCCACCACUAGCGAUGAAUUCUGGAGCCAUUUCUAAAUUCUUCUACAACUGCCCAGAUAAUGCCUUCCAGGUUGCUUUGGCUGGGAGAUCAUACACACUUUUGCAGAGAGCGGGAGCUAUUGUGAGGAAUGGUGCAAAACUUUUUGCAGUGGGAACUAGUGCCUCUCUGAUCGGCACUACUGCGACCAAUGCACUGAUAAAAGCAAGGCAGGCUGUCAGCUCGGAUUCUGCCGGUGAAGUCAAGGAAGCCAAGAAUAUUCCAAUUGUAGAAACUAGUAUUGCGUAUGGCGUGUACAUGUCAAUUUCUAGUAACCUCAGGUACCAGAUUGUGGCUGGAGUGAUUGAACAACGACUGCUCGAGCCACUACUGCACCGCCACAAACUAGCAUUGACCGCAAUGAGUUUUGCAGUUCGGACAGGGAACACAUUUUUGGGUUCUUGUCUGUGGGUGGACUAUGCCAGGUUAAUAGGCAUACAGUAGGCCUAAGUAGAGAUAAAAUUGGUUGGUCAUGACGUGCUAUUCUCUACAACUACGUGUCGCUGCUCGUCGGUCCGCCGCGAACCGCUCCUCCGCUUGCCCGCUUUGCUUUUCUUUUUUUUUUUCCCGGCUCCGUACCGCACGCGCGCCGCGCCGAACGGUUCCGCCGUGAGCAUGCCUACCUAGCUCGUGCAUGCACGUGGGCAGCAGCCUGCAAGCGCAGCACCGCUUGUCGCUCUGUGCAUGGUGGCCCAUAAAGCCCACCGAAGAGGAUCAGGUGACCCUUUCUUCUUUUGUUUCCUUUUCCAUUUUUUCUUUGCAAAUCACUGUGUUCGGCUGUAUACUCAUAAGACAUAUACUCGCACAUGAAAUAUGUGCAAGACUAAUGUCAAAAAACAUUAAUUUUUGGUGUAUCAAUAAAUGGUCUUUCAUAUUUGAA